CAUGGAUUAGUGGAUAUUGAGAGCCCCUGCAUGAACCAGGAGUGUCAGCAGUGCGUGUGGCAGCGUGAGGAGUGUGCCUGAGUAGGGAUGUGAAGUGGUGAGGAGAGGUAGCGGUAUUGUUCACCCCAAGUCACUGAACCUGAGCAAUAACUGUACCUGGUUCCUCCUGAGCUGCUGCACUGCACUCCGUCCUGUGCCAGCGUGGUGAUGUGUCCCAGGUGCCGAGGCUCCAUCAGUCACGGGACACUGCUGCAUGGCGGGCAGGAAUGUAAAAAGUUCAAUGUGUUUUGUUUUGUUUUGCGCGGCGGUUAUGCUGAUGUGAUGGUGCAGUAAAUAUUUCUCACAGCAUCUCCUUGGAUACUUUUUUGUCGUGUGCAUCUAACUCGUCCCAUUGCCAUCUCGAACAAUUCACUAUUGCUAACUCCUCCCACUUGCACAUCUGACAUGUUCACCGCCAGGAGGGGACAUGCAGGUUUUCUGUCACAAUGCACGAGCUCUUCACACAAGUUCUCUCACACAAGGAUCUAUCAAAGGCUGGGGACUUGUUCAAUGUGCCGGACCAUGUUAUAGUGAACGACCUGACAGAUGUAGUCAACAAGAUCCUGGAAAUAGCGAGCUUACCCGAGUACACACGAAAUGACAACGACCAGAGUGUUGUGGAGAUAUGCAUCACCAGGGUCACCUCAGCCAUCAGGGAGACAGGCAGCAUCGAGCAGCAUGCUGCAGCCCUGGUGGCUUUGCUGCAGACCUGUCUCAACCACAACCUGCGACCGUCUUCCCAAGACCACGACCCUCCACAUGCCAAGAUAGCCUCUGAUGUAGUCUCUUGUAUAUUCCUGAACUACCACAAGCGGGAGGUGAUGGCUCUGGCACUCCCCGUGGCAGUCAAGUUCCUGCACAAAGGGAACCGUGAGCUGAGCCGCAACAUGAGCUCCUACCUCUCCCUGGCAGCCAUUGAAGCAGCUGAUCUCUUAGCCUUACACAUCCAGCCCAUUAUUGACUCUGUGAUAUCUGGCAACUACUCCCUGUCCCGAGUGCUGCCUCAGAUCUAUGCAGUGAAGAAGGAGCCAAUUCAUGAUCAUGUGAUGACACUGGUGUCCCUCCUGCCUCAGUGUGAUACUAAUGAGAAGCUGGGUCUCCUUAUGCUUUUCACUCUGGUGGCCAAGAACAGGCCUGCGUUGCUGGAGCCUUCAUUGCCACAGCUGGUGGAGUGCUUGAGUCUGAGUGGCACUUCUCUUGCCACGCUGCAGAUAUUUGUGGAGCUGUGUGCCUGGCGGCCUCACCCUUUCUCUGAGCACAUCAACAGACUCAAGAGCAUUGUGGAGCAGCAGCCUCACUGUCUAGCCUUUGCCCUGCAGGUGAUGGCAGCUGUGGGUCGCAUCAGUAAGGACAAAGGCAAGAGUUCCCUGGAUUAUAUUGCACAGCAGCUGCCUAAAGUGGACUCCAGUAGCCUGGGUGUGGUGUUACGUGAGGUGCAGGUGUUGUGCAGCCAAUACCCGUCACUACUGGUGGAGUCUGAGUCCCUCCUGCAGGCAGUGAAUAAGUGCAUGGACCGCUCCAAUGCCUCGGCCAGGGUGUACAUCCAGCAGCUCAACAAUGAGUACAAUGAAAUCAGGAAGACCAACGUCAACCACACUCCAGGCGGGGUGACCAUCGUGCGUGUGGGUGGCAGCAGCGGGCGGCCCGAGGGUGUAAUAGGGACAAGCCGUACUGACCUCAGCCUGGCCUCUCGUGACUUGAGUAUCUUCCAGCCACACUCCUCUGUGGUGACUGGUGGCCCCAGCAAGUUUGGCCACAAGUACCAGAAGCACAGUGACACCUCCAGGAGCACCAGCCGCCUUGUCACUGCCUCAAACAGGUCCAUGCCGCGGCUAAAUGCACUCCCUCAGAGCACGGGUCGUCUUGGGUCAUCCUCCAUUCAACUCAACAAGUCCAUGACCCGCCUCAGCUCCUCUCAAGGCAUGCACAUCAACCGCUCCAUCACCGUCCUCACCCCGCCCUCCAGACAUCUCUCGGGGCACCUGGGACCCAGCUCGGGGCAUCUUGGACAUGGCUCAGUCCCAGGCCACCACCUCAGUGGGUCACAGGUGGGAGGCUCACAGAUAGGAGUCUCCAGGCUGGUAUCAAGUCCUCCUCCUUCAGUAGGGAUACACCUGACUGCUGUGUCUCCCCUUCCAGGAACAGUCAGCCCAACCAAGAGCAUGAGUUCUUCUCUCGCCACAUUGCGGGAGGGGACAGGGGAGCUGGGGGCGUCCUCCACUGUGCUGGUUGGUCCUCACCAGUCCCAGGCCACCCUUCCUGACCUCCCAAGCCCUACCACCACUGCUACCCCCGGCCACCACACUCUCUCCCUCCCACUGCAUCUGUCUUCCAGAGAACUAGUGACCGUGUCAGGUGUUGGAGGAGUUGUGCCCCACCUCAGGCAUUCCCAGUCACCACUAUCCCUCCCUCUCACCACUGCUUGUGUCACCACCACAGUCACCACCUCAACCACCACGUUUCACUCUCCUUCUGGAAGCAAGAGACCACUAAGUGACACAUGGUUCAUGGCUUCAGGGAGCAGCAACACCAGUGGCCAUGCUGUGACUACCAGAUCGAACACCACCCUCACCCACAUCACCCACGAUCCCACCACCACCACCACCAACGCAUGUACACAGAGAAUUAGUGUGUUUGAGCCAUUUGCCAUGAGGGAUACAGUGCAGCAUUUCUGUGAGAAGCACCUGGACAAGAUCAAGGCCUACAUGCAGAAGGUGUUUGUCAAGCUGCCUCUGCCUGUCCGGUGUGGCAUUGAAGAACGCAAGAAUAAAAAGCAUGCCAAGCUGUACUUUGCCUGUCAGGGGAAGGGCGAGCAUUGCCUGUACAACAAACAUUUCUUUACCAUGAAGACAAGGAACCCCAGGAUAUGGAUUCACCUCAUGUUCCUUGCUCUUCAGGCAAGAUCAUGUGUGGCUUUGAGCACUCGGGAAAUGCAAGUCAGCAGUCUCAAGAACUGCUGGGACAUUCUUAAGUGUGACACCAAGACCUUUGUGACGCUGGUUACCUCUGCUUUCCCUUCCGCCAAGGACAUGGAUAUGCUGCUUCACGAGUUGCGCAAUGCUCGCUUCUUUGAUGUGUUUGAGUACAAUGGGGUGGAGCAGCAGUGGGGGUGUUUCCUGUGCAACCACCCAGACCGUGCCAGAGGCUUUGUUGAUGAGGACACACCUGUCAUUGAGGGUCAGCUGAAGGAAAAGAAGAGCAAGUGGAAGAUUUUCCGUAAAUGGCGUACAAGAUACUUCACUCUCUCAGGCGCCCACCUCUCCUACAGGGGAGCUGGCUCAGAGCAGGACAAGUUGGAGGAGAAAGGUGGCAUUGACGUCCACCAGAUCCGCAGUGUCAAGGUCAACAGGGGUGGCAGCAGACACAUCCCCAAGGCCUUUGAGAUAUUCACCGACAACAAAUCUUUUGUUCUGAAGGCAAAGGACUCAAGCAAUGCAGAAGAAUGGGUGCGCUGCCUCUCCAUUGUGGUGGCUCACUCACAAGCACGGGAGGAACAGAAUCUGGGCCCUCUCAAGGCCACCACCUCCAUCCCACGCAGCUUCAUGUACGGCUACCACGCCUCCAACACCCGCACGGCUGUGUAAGGCACCUGUUACUUUAGGUUACCUUUUGUAUGGGUCAUAUAGAGUAGGGACAGGGUAGGUACUUUCUGUUGGUCAGGCAGGGUGGCUCUAGAGUGUGAAUGUGUGUGUGUGUGUGUGUGUGUGUGUGUGUGUGUGUGUGUGUGUGUGUGUGUGUGUGCGCGUGCGUGUGUGUGUGUUCUUUCAUAAUAGCAUGAAAGUUUGAUACCUGAGGAAUGAUUAGUUUUAGAUAUUACAGAUUGUAGAGUACACAGCUAUUUGAAAGUCAUAUUGAAUGGUUUAUAUAGAUUCUAUUUAUGUAAUAUAUUUUCAUUGUUUCCACAAGUGUGAUGAAAAUGCCUUAUUGUAGCAACAUGUCAGGGUAUGUGUCUUAAAGCUUCCUUCUUUAACUGCUGUAUUUUGGGCUUAUAUCUAAUAUGGAUAUAUGUAACAUGUCUUCUGAGGAUCAUUAUGUGUUCACUAUCAUGUAUCCAGUGGAGAAAUUGUCUCUUGAAUGAUUUACAGGCAGAAAGUAAUGUGUAUACAGUAUAUGAAAUCAAACUGAAUUGGUCAUCCAAAGACAUCUAUUGUGUGCCUUUCCUACUGUAUUGAUGAGCAGGCCAAUUUAGCACUCAUUCAUUGUGCAAUACAUCCUUGAUUGUUACCUCAAGCAGUAGAUUAGCUACUUUUUUAUAAAUAAGUGUAAGGAAAAUUUAUUAUAUCACUAUUUUUAUAUUUGUGGUGAAGUAAGAGCUACAUAUCAAACUAUAUAGAGUCAGUCACAAAAGAGUCUUUACCAAGGUGUAAACAAAUUGAUGUGUACAUUUGUGUAUGUAAAUUUUUGUAUAUUUUUAGGGUUGAAAACUAUGUGCUUCAUAUAUAUUUUCUUCACUUUCUUUUGUUCUUUUUCCCAACAAUGUAUUUAGAUUUUGAACCUUCAUGUUUUCUUUCUGUUGCCUAAUGACUUCUGGGUUCAGCUUUUUCUUUUUUUUUUUUUUUUUACAUUUACACUUCAAAACUUGGCCAGAAUUUCUAAAGUAAUGAACAUUUGUGUAAUUAGUAAGGCUUUUUAUUUAUUUAUGUUUUUAUCACUACUGUCUCUUUUUUUUGGGGGGCCGUGUCAUGGGAGGAAUUUUAAAAGUGCUAUCUGUAGAACUGUUCACUCACAAAACUGUACAGUUCACUUUCCAGAGUGCUACAGCCAUUAUGUCAUGAAGGUGUAGCAAAAUGUUAUCCUGUUCAAAUGUUGCAGCUACGUCAUAUGAAUCUAGUGGAUGAGUUCAAGCUUUCCUCCUAUUCUUACUAGGGUACAGGUGUUCCUAGAGCAUGUGCAGCUAUUUAUAAUAAUUAACCAGAUUAAUCUCGUUCAAAAUAAUUAGUGGUAGGUACUUGUUCAUCUGUAACAUAUUGAGCUGAAUCCAUUAUGCAUGAUAUGUAAAGUGUUCAUGUUUUCUAGCAGCAGAGUGUAGUGAUGGACAGUCAAGGCCAGUUGACUAUCUUGGGCUUAUUGGUGAUGUGUCAGACUUGUGUAUAAUGUUUUUUGUCAGGGCUCAGUCACCAGCCCAGCACUUGCCUUUCAUGACCAGUGCAUCCCACAUCCUUCACAUCAGUUUUCUAGUGUUUUCAAAGGAGACAAAAAUUAAAGGGGGAAAAAACCCACUACAUAUAUUAGAGCUAAUUACCAACAUUUGUUGUCAUUAACUGAAGCUCCUUCACUGUCCUUUGUGUUAGUCACUCACAGGCUCAUCAACAUUUGUUAUGUGGCAGAUCCACCUGUCCAGUCAGUGAUGCUUAGUUUCUUCAGUAACUAGUUUCUCUGUAUCAAAUGCUGUCCAUUUACAUUUUUAUGCAUUCCAAGUCCCAUUCCUGCUAGUUUUUGUCCAAACCUUUUUCUUGACUCAUUGUAUCAUAUCUUCAGCUUUCAUGAUCACAGGGAAGUAUACAAAGGAAACUGAUUUUAAAGUUUCUGUGUUCUUAUGCUAGGAUCUCAUUCUCAUAGCUUUAUCUUUGUUAUACCUUUAAAACUACUGUAUUACUUUUUACUCACAAUUUGCUUCUCUUUCUUGUGUUCCUCCUUCAUAACUGCUCUCUAGUGCCUGAACCAUUUCAUGUUCAUUUUUAAUUUAGACCUAAUAUGUUCAUCUUGCCAUCAUCUUUACUUAAAUUAUUAUUUGUAAUACUUAUUUUGUAUAAAGAUCUUCUGAAAAUUUAUUGCUGUUAAUAAAACAUUUAAAAUUGCUAUAGAAAUAAAGAAAUUGAUAAAGAGACAAUGUUGCUGCUGAUUUUUCUUUGCUUUCUUGAUUUGCUUUGUGAAAUUGAUAUUUUUCAGCAAUUUGUAGUAGCUUAAGAGAAUGAACAAGAAAAAUGUGCCUGAAUCUCAUGUGAAGAAUGGAUAGAGAAGAGUAACUUGUCAGUUGUGUGAUGUUAGCAAUGGGCUGUUAGUUAGAAAAUAUGGAAGUAAUGAGUUCCAUUCAUGGAUCAGUAGUAUCAGAACUGUCGUAAAGUACAAGUAUGUAAAAGUGUUGCUAUUUUGUGAGUACUGUAAGACAUUGGAUUUGUGCCUCAGAAGGUGAAUCUUUUACUUUGAAUGGUAAUAUUCUAAAUGUAUACCAGGAAUUUGUAUUGAAAUGGUUCUAUAAGUAGAAUAAUUACUCAGCUUGUGUGAGAAGAGGAGUGUAACACCAUCUUGUUUACAAGAUUAGUAAUUCAUGUGUACUGUAGAUUAUCAGUUCAUAAUGAAGUGUCAGUGUAUGUUUCUCUUUAAACAAACUGUAGAGACUUAAAGAAUUGACUGGUCAUGUGCCUUGAGUACUUAUUUACAUACAUACCCAUAAGUUUUAUACCAUUCCAUUAUUUUAUCAUUGGGAAGGUAGUAGUUGUGGAGGUUGUCAUGCAGGCAUUGUGAAAGCUUUACUUCAUGACAUUCUGCUGUGUCGGUUUGUAAUUUCUAUAGAUCAAUAGGAAGUGUACUUAAACAUAUUGAAUCAAAGAGCCAUUACUUAUGCUAGAUGAAAAGUGGGUGAAUAUGUUUAAAGGAGAAUGAAGAUGAAUAUAACAACAGCCAGACCUUGAGAGUAUUUAUUAUGAAUGAUCUGAUUCUUCAUUUAUGUUUGUGACAAAAUUUAUCCAAGGUGAAGUGAUGCAAAACAGCCAGUGUGGUCAGUGCCUGAAAAGUUGUGAAGGUUAAAGAAGUGUAAUGCAGCUCUGUAAUGUGUGUGUGUGUGUGUGUGUGUGUGUGUGUGUGUGUGUGUGUGUGUGUGUGAGAGAGAGAGAGAGAGAGAGAGAGAGAGAGAGAGAUUCUGAUGAAAGUUGUCUCUUUUGUUGUCCUAGCUUCUGCAGAGUUACUUUGCUACCCUGUGACAUAUUUACAGAGUGGAUUAAGUAAGGGCUUUUAAAUUUGCUGCUGCUUGUCAUGUUCUUGAAAGGUGAUGUAAUCUUCCCAGGUCAGUGUGGAAAUAUCUUGAGUUUUCAUCAUUGGAGGAAUUAGAAACUUAACAAAAGUAAGAUAAGAUUCUUAUCAACAUGUACUUUCUUUGAGGCAUAUGAAGUGUGAUAUUUUUACAGCAGACCUGCUAAGAUUGUAGCCAUCCUGUAGUGCAGCUGACUUACAAACCAGCCUCUUAGUGCUUUUUUUUUUUUUGUGCUGUGCGCAUGUAUGUUAUGGUAAAAGUGUCUGUGAGUAUAUCUGUGUGUAAGUACAUGUAAGAUUUUUGUUAUGUAUACUCAUACUUGCUAUGUAUGUUUUUAAGGUGAAAUGUCUUCCAAGUUAUGACGAUGGACCAAUACUCGGUAGAUCUCCCUCUUGUGGUGCACGGCAGCUUAAAGUUCCAUGGAGUGUGACGACAGAUCUUUGUGGCGUGGUGUGAGUGGUGGAGUGGUGUUUAAGGCUGUAAGAAUGACCUGUCUGUGUUACCUUAUCCCAUAACUGUCACUUCCAUUAACUACCAAAGAUUGCUUAUAAGGUAUAGCUUCUCUGUCUAUGUAGUUAAGUUUGAAUGUUAUUGUUUUUGGUUUUAUGGUAAGAAAAAAAAUAGUAUGGCAAGCAGUAUAAUGAAUUGUGACCAUGUUUAGUGUGUGUAUAUCCAUGAUUAUAAUGGCUGCUAUAUUCAGCGCUAAGAAGGCUAUGUGUAACUUCUGCUUAUAUGGAAUUGCUUAAACAUUGCAGCUUCAAGGAUCAGAUCUCCUGGAAACUUGCCGUAACCACAAAUUGUUUCCCUGUGCAAUUGAUUGUUACUUGACAAAAGUGCUUUAAUGCUGUGCUCAUGAAUUUAUGUUGACUGUGCGAAGGUAUCAUUGAGAAUAACAGAUUAUAUGACAUGAA